CACCUCGUGAUCGCAAUGAAGUUCCUAUUUGCGAUUAUAGUGAUUGCUUGUGCGGUACACGAUGACGCCAGUGGUGCUAGAAUUUUGAUGGUGACCCCGCAUCAAGCGAAAAGUCAUUACAUAGUGUACGAGGCGUUGUUGAAGAGACUCGCGGAGAGGGGUCACCAAGUGGUGUCGUUCAACCACUUUCCUCAGAAAACAGUUUUACCUAAUUUCACGGAUGUCGAUAUAUCUUCAAGCAUGCCAUGCGUGGUCGGUACAAGGUCGAUCGAGCUUGCCUUCUGGCAAACCAUGCUGCAAAAGUUGAAAACAAUAUCCUUCAUAAGCUCGGAAACGUGCCGAUCCGUGCUGGAACAUCCGGAAGUGAAGAAAUUGCUGCAUUCGAAAGAGAAGUUCGAUAUCUAUAUUAUGGAAAUCUUCUUUUCCGACUGUUUUAUCGGUAUCAGCCACGUUCUCAAAAUACCAAUUGUGGUUGGAAUAAGUAGCACCGUUUCCUAUCCAUGGAACAACGAGAUUCUUAGGAAUCCUGAAAUCCCUAGUUACAUCCCCAACACGAUUUUAAGUAGUUUUUCGGACGAGAUGAAUUUCUUCGAGAGAGCCACCAAUUUGAUGUACUUUUUUAUCAGCAAACUCGCCUAUAGGUAUUUAAUGGACAAGCCAGGUUACGAGAUCGCGAAGAAACACUUCGGCGACGAUCUUCCGAACUUGGACACGUUACGAUCGAGGAUAUCGUUGAUACUGACGAACGGGCACAGGACAACCAACACGCCACGAGCUCUUGCACCGGGAUUGAAAGAGUUGGGCGGUAUGCACAUACCAGCCUCGGGCCCGCCUCCGUUGCCCAAACAUCUUAAGGAUUUUCUCGACUCGAGCGAGGACGGGGUCAUUUACUUUAGCCUAGGAUCGCAAAUAAACGUGUCCACCAUGCCCAACGAGAUGUUAACGUCUUUCUACGAGGCGUUCGAGCGGGUACCGCAACGGAUAUUGUGGAAGUGCUCCGAGAGGAAUAUGCCCAGACUGCCCAAGAAAGUUAAGUGCAUCGAAUGGGCGCCCCAGCUCUCCAUAUUGUGUCACCCGAAUGUGCGGCUAUUUAUCUCGCACGGUGGAAUGCUGGGGUCUCAAGAGGCGGUUUAUUGCGGGGUACCGAUUCUCGGAAUACCCUUGUACGGGGAUCAACCCCUGAACGUGGCCUACUUCGUGAAAAGGGGGCUGGCUCUGAAACUGGAUUACCAUCAACUUUCAUACGAGUCGACGAUAUCAAACGCUUUGAACGAACUGCUGGUGAACAACAGUUACACGGAUAUGGCGAGGAAAGCCUCUUUCGAGUUCAGGGAUCGACCGAUACCACCGUUGGACGAAGGAGUUUAUUGGAUCGAGUAUUUACUCCGCCAUGGGCCGGAUUCGUUGAGGACAGCGGCAACGAAUUUAACUUGGUACCAAUAUUUAUUGCUUGACGUUAUACUCGCGAUAAUAAUUUCAAUCGUGUUUACGGUAUUUAUCGUUUGUAAAUUAUUUAAAUUAUUGUUUUGGAGAGGAAAAAUGUCGAUAGAUGUUAACAAGAAACGAUCGUGAGGAAUAAUCCUACUACGAGAUAUUGUAAAAAAGUUGUUAAGAUUAAUUAAAAAAAAAGGAAAGUAUUCCUUGUACAGAUUAGACGUUAUAUUUAUCUUUUAAUAUGUAAUGAUAAAGUUCUUUAUGUGUUUACAUAAUAAAUAAUAAUAUUUAUAAGUCGUAUAAAA